AUGCCUUCGCCAUGUUAUCUGAAUCCUCCGGGUGAACCCACAUUCAACGAGAUCCUUAUCACUACUGUUCGCGAAUAUCCUGCUUUGUAUAGCAAUCAGCGUAGAACUUUCGAGAAUGUCGAUCGGAGCAAAGUUUGGGAAGAAGUCGCGGCUAAAAUAGGGCGUGGCGUGACAGGAGAAUUUGCCAAGAAGCGCUGGUUACAACUUCGUGAUCGUUAUCGUAAGGAACUGAAAAUAUCGAUUGCGCAAAAUUUUAGUCAACCACAAAAAUGGAGCCACUUCCCGUUAUUGAAUUGGCUCGAUCCAUAUCUUCAGGGAGCAAUACCAAUUACACCGAACAAUUCAGUUCCCUGCUACACUCUUGAUAAUGUUAAUACUACUGGUAACAGCGAUUUUUAUGAAAAUUUUGCUGUCAAAUUGUCGUCUGCAGAAUUAGCAUCUGAUGCAAACGACGGCACAUUGUCGGAAUGUUUUGAUGAUUUGAAACCGGUAAUGUCAACUCUUCAAUCGGUACUUGCUGUCGCUGAGGCUACUGCAAAUUUGAAAAAGGAAGCUACGGCUAUAGCUGAAAAAAAAAAGGAAUUGUCAAUAACAGUAGAAAAUGGUUUUGAAACUGAUGGAGAUAGUGAUAUGAAUUGCUCAGAUAUUAGUGCAUGUAAUGGAAAAGUAUCGAAAGAACCAUGUGGAAGUCCAUCACCUUCUCCUCAAGCAUCCAUUGCCUCAACACAAGAAGAUAGUAAUUUAAGAAUUGGUCGACUGCCCAGUGGUUGUUCAACACCGUCUCAAGAACAGCGAUUACAUGAUGGACCAUCUUGUUUGUCGACAUUGGAUAGAUCCAAUGUAGCCUCAUCACCAUGCACUUCUGAAACAGGCUUUGAAACGGAAGAUAUAAUACAUGUGCAUGCCUCUUGUCGUCUGAAAUCUCAGGAUUACCACGAUAUAUCUAAUACUGUAUCUUCUUCAACAGUCCCACAACAUCAGAGCUCAUCUACAAAUGCCCCAGUGGUAGCUUUAGCUAGGACGGGUAAUCCAGUUACUUUCAAAUCAUUAAUAUCACAUCCCACUCGAAGUUCGCCUUACCGACUACCUGUUUAUUCAAAUGUUAGAUUUCGUGCACGAAAUAUGAAGAAGCAGCAGGAACAACAGGUGAGUUUGCCAAAAACAUUCCAACAGGUUAAUUCAAUAAACAGCACAAAUAUUAUGGAUGCUGAAUGGAUUAAUGAUGAAGAGAUGCUUUUUGCUCGUUUUGUUGGUUUACGAUUGAAGAAAAUGAAUUCACACUACAGGAGCAUGGCACGAAUGAAAAUUAUGCAAGUAUUGGAUAACUAUGAAGAGGGAAUGUUAGUUGACGAUGAAUAA